AUGCUGGGUCCCAAGCUCGUCUCGGCGCUCAUCGGGUUGCCGCUGCUCGUCCUCGGGCAGAUCGCUCCGCCUUUUGACAUGCACGCGCUCCGCGAGCGGAAGCUCGGGAACGCGUCGAUUGCCAACCGGCUGGAGAACACUGUCGUGGACCUUUGGUUUGACGAGGCCAUUCUUGACCACAACGACACGAGUGCCGGCCACUGGAGCCAGCGUUACCAUUACAACGACGAGUACUACGGCGGCGCGGGCUCACCCGUCUUUCUGUACAUCAACGGCGAGUGGGAGGCGUCGAAGUACACGGUCUCAGACACGGGCUCCACCAUGGUCGACUUGGCCAUCAAGCACAAGGCGAUGAUCGUGGCCGUAGAACACCGCUACUACGGCGAUUCGGUGCCGAACGGCGACCAAAGCGAGGCAUCGAUGCGCAAGUACCACUCGUCGACGCAGGCGCUGGCCGAUCUUGCGACGUUCCAUGCCUUCUUUACGGAAAAGCACAGCCUCCAAGACGCACGCUGGAUCGCGUGGGGCUACUCGUACUCCGGCAUGCUCUCGUCGUGGUUCAAGCUCAAGUACCCGUCCUUGGUCGCCGGUGCGGUGGCAUCGUCGGCGCCUGUUCAAGCCUCGUUCGACCACAAGGCGUACAUGGAAGGCGUCACUCGCGGCCUCAAGUACCAUGGUGGCCAGCGCUGUCUCGACAACUUUGAAUCGGCCAUCAAUGACUUUCACGCGCUCGUCGUCGCGGGCGGCAACCCGCUUCGCACCAAGUUUGGCUCGUGCGGCGCGACGGCGACUCUCCAAGAGAAGCAAGCGAUCGAGUGGGAAGUCAUGAGCUACUACCACGGCAUCGGACAGAAUGGCCGCGACCAUGGCUACUCGAUCAAGGAGGUCUGUGACUACAUGGCGGACGCCACCAAUGGACAGACGCCCAUGGACCGCAUGAGCAAGUGGAAGCUCGCCAUCUACCAUGGGUGCGCGCCGGGCUUUGUCUUCAACGGCAGCAAGUGGGUCCCGGUCCGCGCUUUGCGCCAAGCCGCCAACCCCGAGUUUGGCCAGUGGACGUGGCAGACGUGCAAUGAAUUCGGCUUCCUCAUCACGGCCAGCACGGGCGACAACACGCCAUUUCGCGGCCUUGCGUACGCGAGCCCCGAGAUCGUGCACCGCUACUCGCCGUGCACGACGCGCUUCCAUGUGGACGCUGCGACGAUGCGCGCCAACGUCGACGCGACCAACGCCAAGUACGGCGGCUGGGACAUUGAUGUUGAGAACGUCAUUUUCACUAAUGGCGCAAUCGACCCGUGGUCGGGCCUCAGUGUCACCAAGCAGCCCAAGAACCCCAAGUCGCGCUUCGUGGUCAUUGAAGGCGCGACACAUUGUGAAGAUGCCUACCUCUCGUAUGUCGACGGCCCGAUGAAGGACUCAAUCAAGGUGAUUGGCGAGGCCGUUGCCGACUUUUUGGCGGACGCGCCACCAGCGGCCACUGCCGCGCCCACGGAAGCCCCGACUCUUGCCCCGACUCUUGCCCCGACUCUUGCCCCGACGUCUGCCCCGACGUCUGCCCCGACGCUUGCCCCGACACCCGCGCCGACGCCCAAGGUGGUGACGCCAGUGCCCACAUCGGAUGCCGCGUGCGGUCCCGUGGAGAUGGAUACUGAUUACUACGGCAACGAUGUGGCGGCAAUUCGGCGCGCGUCUGCCGCCGACUGCUGCGCCGACUGCAAGGUGACGCCCGGUUGCAAGCUCUACGUCUGGAACCACCACGACGGUGGGACUUGUUGGUUGAAGUCGAAGAAAGGCACCCGCUCCGUGUACCCCGGCGCGGUCGCCGGCACCGUGGAUGCCUCCGUUGCUACGAAAGCGCCGGUCACGUGCCCGCCGAUGGAGAUGGACACGGACUACUACGGCAACGACGUGGCCGCGGUCUCGCGUGCGUCGGCGGACGACUGCUGCGCCGACUGCAAGGCGACGCCCGGUUGCAAGCUCUACGUCUGGAACCGCCACGACGGUGGGACUUGUUGGUUAAAGACCAAGAAGGGCACUCGCACUACGUACUACGGUGCCAAGGCUGGCGUCAUCGACGCACCUGCCAACGACCAGUGCCCGCCCAUGGAGCACAACACCGACUACUACGGCAACGACAUUGCGUCGGUGGCCCGCAAGUCGGCCGACGACUGCUGCGCCGACUGCAAGGCGACGCCUGGCUGCAAGGUGUACGUCUGGAACCUUCACAACGGCGGCACCUGCUGGCUGAAGUCCAAGAAGGGGACGCGGUCGACGUACCAUGGGGCUAUGGCCGGUGUCGUCGACGCGGCCCUGACGACCUGCGCGAUCGAAGCCAACAUCGACUACUACGGCAACGAUGUGGCAGCGAUUCCGCGCACGUCGUCGGACGACUGCUGCGACGACUGCCAUGCGACUCCCGGGUGCUCCGUGUGGGUUUGGAACAUUCACAACGGCGGGACGUGCUGGCUCAAGAGCAAGAAGGGCAACCGGUCCGUGUACCAUGGUGCCAUCUCGGGCUCGCUCCGAGCCUAA